UUCAUUUUUAUUGUCUGUUUCUUUUGUAUCAAACCGAGUACGGAUCAAAGCAAAAAGAGGAAAAUACAUAAAAGACAACACAAAAAAAGCAACAUAUUUUUUGUCCUGUUUUCUAUAUUUUUGCAUGGAUACUGUUCACUGGCAAUUCCAAAUACGUGCAACAAUAUUGGAUUUUAUACUUGAUGAAUUUUCUAUUAGAAAGGUUUUGUUCGGAGCUACCACUUUUUUGUAAUGAAGACAACUUUUUAUAAAGUUUAUUAAAGCAAAACUAGAAGUCGAAAGUGAGUUAAAUGUACAUAGUCCUUCAUUAUUCAUCAUUUGAAGACUUCAAAGCACCGAAGCCAAAUAACAAAGGCCUCUUCUUCCAUACAUCAAAAAGAAAAUUAUAUUUGCUACUGACACAGAUUACCAUAGUCCUGGACUGCCAUGUAUCAUCUCUUAACAGCGUUACUCAGUGUUACCCUAGAUGUUCUUGGUGUGCACUCGGCACUCAGUGUUGGUGCUGGAGAGAGUCGAUGGCAGACAAACCAAACACAGGCAACGCCAAUGCUGCUUGCACACAUGAAGCGCCCCCAGGUAUCUCAGAAUGCCUCUUCAGGAAAGAGCCAGAUGUUGCCAGAGAUGUGCUAUGGGUACUAUGAUGUGAUGGGGCAGUAUGAUGCCUCCUUUAACUGUACCACGGGCACAUAUCGCUAUUGCUGUGGCACGUGCCAUUACCGCUUUUGUUGUGAGCAUCGUCACAAGCGAUUGGAUCAAGACAGCUGUAGAAACUAUAACAGCCCCUUCUGGGCACAUACAACCCAGCCUAUAACUACCAGUGCUAACAGCAAGCUGAACGAUCAUGGACAUGCAGAUCAGACCAAUAGCACUGUCUACGUCAUCUGUGGUGUCAUUAGUUUCACCCUAGUCGUGGGCAUCGGAGCCAAGAUUGCCUUUAACAAGGCUUCCCGGCGCCCACGAGGGAGAGAGAUUAAUGUACCCAGAGCUCUUGUGGACAUUCUCCGUCACCAGUCAGCUUCAGGAAACCAUGGAGAAAGAAAUAACAGCACAACUGUAACUUCUGGUACACAUGACAAUGGGCCGUCUCGUCCUCCAAAAAACCUCUACAACCCAGUAAAAUCUUCAAAGAGCAACCAUGAUAAUCUGCAUCAUAAUUUUAUCCUCACUGUUAAUAGCCCGAAGCAUUCAGCAACGUUAGACUACCGAAUGAACAAUAUUCAGCAUCCAACUUCUUCCACUAGAUACAACACCUUGUCAUCCUCUCGUUCUUUUCAUAACCUCUCCCAUUUGCCACCGUCUUACGAAUCUGCCAUCAAGUCGGACAUCAGCAGGUACUCCUCCCUGAAGAGGCUAGCAGAGAAAGAUAUGGAUGAUUUUUACUUAAAGAGAAAACACUUAGCAGAAUUAACACGUGGUACACUCCCGCUUCACGUCAUGAAGAUGAAUUACGAUCAUGAUGGCUACCUGGAAAAAUCACAGACGCCAAGACGGGUCAUGUCCCAGGAGCAUAUCCUCUCGGACAAUCACUACCCGGCUCACUAUGAUUAUACUAUACCCAGAGACCGCCUCAUCUCUCAAGAACGUCUUCUUUCCCGUGAGGUUUUGCACUCGCAGGAGCACCUUCUGUCUCCUGAAAGGAUACACCAUCGUGGGCCACCACCAUUCCAAGAGAUGCGUCUGGGGCACCAGAAGGCCUUUUCUCACACCAAUGUUUGUGCUAGCACCCCAAUGCUAGACCGUCACCACAUGAUUAAAAUGAAUUCCCACCCUACAUCUUCCAAUUCCCCCAAGACGACAUGGGAUAUGGCUAACCACACCGCCAAUCGACGGCAGGCCUUUGCUGCCAAACGUCAAAACACCAUUGAGCAACUUCAAUUCAUUCCUGGCCAUCUCCCCAGCCAACAUCUGCGUACCGGGAGCAAGAAUGAGGUCACUGUUUGAGCUGCUUCUUUUUACUGUUUCUUUGUUUUUCCUACUUAGAGAAAGAGGCAGUUGAUUUUUGUUCUGUGGCUUCUUUACUAUUUUCCCAUGGCUUACUUUGUAUUCAUCGUCUCUAAUGGAAGAAUAAAACAAAGUGAAGAACACCCCGGUUUUCUGGGGUAACGAAGAGGGAGUGAUUAGCAUAUUUAUUUGUUUUAUUGGUGACUUUAGUUUUAUUGCUAUGUCACUUGAAGCAGCCUCCACCGGCCAAGUGGAUGAUGUCAAAGAUGAUGAUAUUAAUCAAAGAAGCGCAUUGAGAGACGAAAAGGCUGCCAGCCUUUGAAUUAAAUUGGGAGAUAUUAAUUGUACAGCACCGAAUGUGGCUGACGGUUAGUUUGAAAAGACCAUAGGAGAAAGGGUACAUGGAAAUAGAGUGAAACCUAUAGUGAUUUCUCUUUGCGUGUUUGCCAGUAAGAAGAUAUCAUCACCGAAAUGAAAAUGUCUGGUAAUCUGUAUAUUAUCAGGGUUAGGUCAAUAUGUGACUCCAACUGGAAAUAAAAGUUGCGCCAUAUCUUUUCUACAAUAACCAAUAAGCUUAGGAUGAACACAGUGAUGUGACAGAGUAGCACUGCAGAGACAAGCCUGUAACGGAUACACGCUUGAUUUUUUUUUCCCCUACUAAAAACUUCGCCCCUUUUUCUAGCAGAGGAACUCCGCCAAAUACAAUCACAUGUAACAGUCAAUGCAGCUGGUUCAGUACAGCACAAACUGUGCCAAGUAUUCAAUCCAAUAUUAAUAUGAUUAACUUUCUUUAAAAAAACAUAAGCGGCUGCAAUUAACUGCAUUCAGUUUCAUAGCUUAUGCUAUCAAUAAAAACAAGGAUUACAUUGGAAAAGAUAGGUUUGAUCGUCAACAAAGUAUGCUUCUCUUAAAGUGUAUGUGUUGACUUAUUUACUAUCCGCAUCAUCACCCUUUUAUUCAAAAUCCUAACUUGCAUCAAAAGAAAGCCAUUUGGUUUCUGACAUUGCAGUGUCAACGCUUCAUAUGAUUUGGUCGUUUUAUUUAUAAAAAAAAAAAAAGGAACAAAAAAAAAAAGAGGAUCGUGCCAUAAAGAAAUCUUUAUUUUAUUAUUAUAUUUUUUAUCUCAAUGAUGUCACGCUAUUUCAGACUUCUUUCUCAACUUUUUAUCUCCAGGGCAUCACUGAAAUUGCUGGCAACCUGGCCUGUAAAGUUCCCCCUCCCACUUUAUACACUUCCAUGGAGCUCUCUCAAACACAAAUGGCCUUAACUGUUUCAAUAAUAUCUCCCCUCAGGCAGUCUUUUUAAUUAAUAUACUAAAUACAGAUUUUGUGUAUUGAGCCAGCUACAAAUUUAUAGUUCUGCCACGUGUGAGACUUCCUUUUUUGCCGUAUUAAUAAUGACUUAGAUGUUAGCAAGCUACAGUGUCCAAUUUCCUGAAAAUCUAAACAUGAUUAAAGGGAAGAUGUACUAACCUUGGAGAGACAUAAAGUGGAGAGUGAUUAAUAUGGGAUCUAUUCAUGAAGCAGUGAAAAGGGUGGAGAAGUGAGCUGGUGAAGAAGUUGCCCAUGGUAACCAAUCAGUGUUGAGCUAACAUUUAUAAAAUGCAUUCUAUAAAAUUAUACGUGGCUGCUGAUUGGUUGCCAUGGGAAACUUCUCCACUGGAUCACUUCUCCACUCUUUUCAAUGCUUCAUAAAUCGACCCCUAAGUACCAGACAAUCAGCUCCUAACUGCCAUGUUACAGUCUGUGUUUAAAAAAUUACAGUUGGGAGCUGAUUGGUUAGUACUUUAUCUCUCUCCACCUUUUCUCUCUCUAAGUAUUGAUACAUAUCCCCCUAAAACAGUCACCUGAUUAUUGGUGUUGAACUAAUUGUACUGAUACAGCAAUUCCUGUUGACAUUUAUUCGACUGGCAGUCCUACAUACAGAAAUCACCUAUUGCUGCUGAAAAGAAAUUAACAUUAUUGAGAUGGUGAAUACAUCUUCAAUAAACAAUACAAUGCCCAACUGUUAUAUUAUGGUGGAUUUAUAGAGGUGUCACAACCACAUUGAUCAGUGAAAGGGAGGGAUCCUCAUCCUUUGUGUAGCAUGAAAACAUGAACAGAUAUGUUUUUUAAACUGUCCAUAGUGCUAAAUUACAGUAUAUUUGCUGCUCUAGAUGUGAUGAAAAUGUUCCCUGGAUUAUCACAGGAAUAUUCAUUUUCCAGUGGGCAGAUCUCUUUUCAGCACUGUGCCACUGUAAAUUGCACUAUUUAGUGCUCUCUGCUAAUGUUAUAUAAUUGUAAUUAAUUUUUUAAUGCUGGUUUAUAUGUACAGUUAAGUGAUGUUUAAAAUGAGGGUCUGUAAAUGCCUCCAUUUACACGUCAAAUUAGAAGUUUUGCUCACCUUAUGAUUCACAUUACCACAAUAAAUCUUGAGACAUUGAUUUUUACCACCCACUGCUAAACAGUAACCCUAGUUGGUAAAAAAUGUAGUUCUGUUUAAUAAGUAUAAAGGUUGCAUACAGACUUCCUGAAUAUUUGGUUGCAGAAUAACAGUUACAUUUGAAAUAUUCAUUUAAAUAAGGGAAAUAUUUUUUGAUGGAUGAACCCACUAAUGUUUCAUAAUUUGCAAGCAGGUUUUAGUGGGAGAAAAUACUGCGUCACCACAUUUAAAAGGCCAAUUAAUCCAUUAAUACCAGCCCCAUCACAAACCAAUGAGCAACUCUAAGACAUGUAGGGUAUUUACAAAGCAGCACCUUGUGUAAGAUGCCACUUCAUGAUAGGUUAAAAGCGACUGCGAGUGCCGUUUUAAAUUUUCACCUCCAACCCUCCGGGAAGCUUAGUAAUUAAAGACCGCAGAUUGACGGUCUUCACACACGGUCUUCACACAGGUGCCUACACUCAUUCCCAAGUCACAAAAUGAAUACAUAUACUGUAUAUGUGAAGACUUGUUUUAUUUAUUUCUAUUAUUUUCAAUCUGACAAUUUUUACUGCUUAGACCAGAGAAGCAAUAAGAAACAAUAUUAUAAGCAUGAAAAUCCAUACACGGUUUUCUUUCUCCUAUUUCGAUUGAAUGGGGUGCAUUCAAUAUGAAAUUUCGUACUUAAGCAUUUUGUAAUAAAAAAAAAGAAGGGAAUGAUAGGGGGAGAAAAAGAUGUGCAAAGAAAAUUCUGGAGGAUCCACAUUGUAUUUAGAAGAUCGAGGCAUAUAUAAUGCAAAAGAUCUAGUCAAGGGUCAGGUGAUAGAUAUAAAGAGGACAUCAGGAGGGAGAUAUUGUUCCAGACAGAAGCUAUUAGGAGACAUAUUGCCAUUGGCGCAUGCCUUCCUCUUACACAUUGCAGGGAAGAUUUGAAUAUUUUAGAAAUGCUCUUUGAGGUUAAAAACCAGUUUAUGAAGGCUAUAUAGAAAUUUGCACGGUCGGUUUGCUGUAUUAUGAUCCUCCAAUUUUGGUUGAGAGAGUUCUUCAUCUAUUUAGUCUUCCUAUCCCAGCACAUUUGCCGUUAUACCACUCUCAAUAAAGCAUAGGCACACAUCAGAUAUUUGUUCUUUGGACAGUGGGGUUGUCAGAGGGAUUAACACUUGGUGAAAUGUGACUGCUGAGCAUAACAGAUAUUCUGAAGCAGGCAGGCCAAAUCUACACUGCAGGGUCUCAAAAAAAAUCAUACACUUGUGCAUAAGAUACAUAUUUAUUAUUCAAGUCAGGUCCUAAAAGAUUUGCCACUCAGUUAAUGCUAAUUUAAGGUCAGGAGAAAAUUCCAAAUUGUGGAAUAGCGGCACGUAUAUGCCUGACCAUGUACUCCAACAUUUGAUUUUAGCAAGAGUCCCAGCAGGUGAGUGAAUGCACCAUGAGAGGGCAUACCAACACAGAGAGGGUCUAGGAAGAAUUGACUUCACAUUCACCAAAUACAAUAGGCCUGAAUGAAACAUUGCUUAUUUUACCUAGAGACGUGAAUUUAUCUGUUGAUAACAUUGUAGCGCUUGGGUGAGUUAAGCUGCAUAGGAUCAGCCCAGAUCUGCCACUUUAUGGCUUAGGACAAAUGCUGGUGGUUGUACUCCGAUUUCUGAGACCAAGUUUAAUAUGUUUUAUAGGAUGUACAUCUCUGAUUUAUGCAACCUAAUAGAAAAAAAUGAAGACAUACGGCUUACAGCACAGGCAUUAAGAUAUUAAAAUAUUUCUGUUUAAUGCAUUAAUACUUUAUUACCAGGAAAUUCUUAUUUUACUCCAGGUCCUAGGAUCACUGCUAAUGGUAGGUAUUCAUUUUGGAGACUUCACUAUUUACAGGUCAUUGAUAUUGGGAUGGCAGAUGUAUCCACAUGUAGUUCAGGUUGUCUUGUGUUAUGCUACAGUAUAUCUAGAAGUUUCUCAAUGGGUGUAGGUAGAAAGGAAUAUGUUUAAGAGUUUGCAUUUCAAACAAUGUUUCAGAUAUCCUGUAUUUUAUUUCCCAGAGAUGCGUAUUAAGAAGUUUAUUUGGCACGGGGAAGUCAUUGAUUGUAGAAGUGGUUUUGUUUUGAUCUUGUUCAGAAUGGAAAACAUUGUCUUAUUGGCUAUCCGGCUCUCACGUCUUUCAGUUAGCCAAUAGGGUGACUGUUUGAGAUCUGAACUUGUGCUAAGUUGGCGAAAACAGAAGAACCACUCAUUUCUAAAUGAUUGUAAUAUGGAAAACAACAUAUCCAUAAAUAGGUUCUUAUCUCUUUUUAAAUGACUCACAUUUGGAAAUGCCAAGAGUGUUUCUUCACUUUGUCCAAACAUUUGCUGUAGAUAAUUCUCAUAGCUUUAAUGGGGUUUUUAUUAAUACUAGGCUGAACUGUGAACAGAUUGCUGACAAUUUGUAAAAUAGUUGAUUUGUGUAAAUUUGGUGGAAGUUUUCAGUUGAAUUUUGGGUUUAUUGCAUACGCCAGCGGUUCUCAAAGGUUUUUGAGUCACGGGGCUCUAGAGUAUCAUCAUUUUUUUAUGGCACCCAAAGGCCAAAAGUUUCUUAUUGAGAAAUUCAGAAAAAAAUAUAAAAUUAAGUAAAUUGUGUUUAUAUGUCAUCCGUAGGGUCAGUUAUGUGGUGAGGGACAAGAUUCUCUUCUGUUUGUUUACAUAUUUUAUGAUUGGCAGCUACUAGCACUGGUUUUGUCUAUUACAUUGGCUAUAAAUAAUUUUAAUUGGUCCUGGACCAUCAACCCAAGGCACCCCUGCAUGUACCCUGAGACACCCCAGGGUGCCACAGCACACAGUUUAGGAACCACUUGUAUAUGCUAUUCGUUUAUAGUGACUUCUUUUAUCACAUCACCUCAACUAACACAUUUAUGUGCAUUUCAGGAACUGGACAGAAAUCUUCCUUACUAAGAAUGAUGUCACAAUACUGUGGGUUUCUGCAGUCUUCUAAUUCUUGAUUACUAUAAGGAACAUGAAGUUAGUGCUAAUAAGCCACCAUUCUUUUAGAGAUCUGGAAAAUAAACACAUUUCAAUAACCACCUCUACUAUUCCCUGGUUAGACCAUGUAAUUAGUUUUAUUUGGCAAUCCUAUAUAUAUAUAUAUAUAUAUAUAUAUAUAUAUAUGUAUAUAUAUAUAUAUAUAUAUAUAUAUAAAAGAAAAGUGAAGAAUAGCGCCUAGGACAAUCCUAAUUAAGACACACUGAUAAAAUAUUAUAGGAUCAAUUAAGAUAUUAAAACACACCCCAUCAAUCAAUGGGUGGCAGCUUGAAGAAGUACUCUGCCAAAGGACGAAACGCGUUGGCAUUGGGAUUUGCUGCUCACCCGAUACUUCUAACAGUGGACAGAUAAGCCGUUUUUAUGUUUUUAUCUUGUACGUAUGCUACUUGCAUUUGCUUCAGGAUUUUAAAUUGAACAUCUGGUUAUGGAACUGGGAUUUGCUGUUCACGCGACAUUUCCAAUUGUGGAUAGAUAAGCUAUCUAAUUGUUUUUAUCUUGUACGUUUGCUACCUGCAUUUGCGUCAGGAUUUUUUGUAUUAAACUUUGUUUAUAUUUAUAAUUUGAUAA